UAUGCUGCCAGUAAGUGAUAUGUGGAGGUCAUGCUGUGUGAGUCUAACAUGCCUGUAGUCUACCCGACUCUCCUGCUCUGUGUGUAUGGCUUCUUUUCCAACCUCCGGCCGUCGGAGCCUUUCCUCACCGCCUAUCUGAUGGGACCAGACAAGAACCUGACAGAGACUCAGGUUGUCAAUGAAAUCUAUCCAAUAUGGACGUAUUCCUACCUGGUGUUGCUGUUCCCCAUCUUCUUGGCCACUGACUACCUCUGUUAUAAGCCUGUACUGGUCCUACAGGCCACCAGUUUAGUAGUUACCUAUGUUAUGCUGCUGAAGGUGCAGGGCCUCCUGGCCAUGCAGCUCCUGGAGUUUUUCUUUGGGCUGGCCACGGCCUCGGAGGUAGCCUACUACUCCUACAUCUACAGCGUGGUGGAGCCGGCACACUACCAGAGAGUGACGGGUUACUGCCGCAGCAUCACUCUGUUUGGCUCAGCUGCUGGAUCUCUGACCGGUCAGCUCCUGCUCUCUGUGGCCAAAGUUCAGCUGCUCCACCUUGUCAUCAUCACUCUGGCAUCGGCCUCUGUGGCCUUUGUUGCUCCCUGGUUACUUCCCAUGCCCAAGAGAAGCUUGUUCUUUCACAGUCCAGGAGUAGCAAAGGAGAGGCCACAGAGCAACAGCACAGCACUGCUGGAGAAGACGGAAGAUUCAGAGAGCAAAGUCCCUCUGAAGACUCAGGAUGCCUCUUUGAUAUCCAGGUCCGCUGAGGCAGGAAGUCAUAGAAGUGGUCUUGUGGACGUGCUGCGGAUGUUGUUCAGUGACUUCCUGCAGUGCUACAGAUGCCGCCCUCUGCUGGCUUGGUCGGUGUGGUGGGCUCUGGCUACCUGCGGCUACUUCCAGGUCAUCAACUACGCCCAAGCACUGUGGGAGAACGUUCGUCCAUCCCAUGACUACGAAAUCUACAACGGCUACGUAGAGACACUGUCCACACUGCUAGGGGCUCUGGCAGCUCUGCUGGUGGGCUACCUGCCUGUGUGCUGGUCUCUGUGGGGGGAGCUGGCGCUGUGUAUCCUCUCUCUGCUGAUGGCUGUGUGUGUGUUCGUCAUGGACACGCUGAGGAACAUCUGGCUGUGUUAUAGCUCGUAUGUCCUCUUCAGAGCCACAUACAUGCUGCUCAUCACUGUGGCCACAUAUCAGAUCGCAGCCAGCCUCAACAUGCAGCGCUAUGCCCUGGUGUUUGGAGUGAACACCUUCAUGGCUCUGCUGCUGCAGUCCCUGCUCACUGUGGUGGUGGUGGACUCAGCUGGCCUCGGCCUCGAUGUCUUCACUCAGUUCUUCAUCUAUGGCGGCUACUUUGCUGCCAUCUCUUUGGUCUUCCUCCUCGCUGGGCUUUGCAAAAUGGCCUCCAGGAGGCGCUCCAAGCAGGAGGUCCUGGCCAGCAGCCCAGAAGAAACAGAGUCAGAUUCUCCUCCAGUCAGUGCUGCCAGCUCCUGCUGAUAGCACAUAAUGAUAGAUAUUGAUUGACUUCUCACGUAUUAAAUCAAAUCAAGGUGAGUGAGCACAGGGACUCCACAGUUUCUUUAUUAUGUCAAAGCAGAAAGUGACACAGAAGAAGGUAGAGCCUAAAACUAUGCUUAUUAAAAAGCUUAGAGAUGUGUUGAUCCAUUUUGGUUACUACGUGGCAGAAGAACUCCAGAGCAAGCUGAUCGACACUCAGCCGUGGUGUAUUAUCAUUAUAUUCUUGUUAUGGCUAAUGUGUUAGACUUGCAUAUCCAGCACCCCGUGCUAGGCCACCAUCAUAAAUAUUAAUCUGUUCUUCGUGACUUGCCCGGUUUGGAACGGAGCUGUAGUAGAGGACGGUGUUUACACGCUUUUCAAAUUAUGAUGCACAAACCUGGUGAGGGCACUGAGACUGAACUAUACAGAAAAUGUGCAGUGUAAAGAAAAACAUUGAGUGAGUUGAGACUGGAAUGGAUAGUUCUUUGCAGGUUCACACAUACGAAAGACCCCUUCCACUUCCAACUGUAAUCAUUUGAUUCAGCUCGAGAGAGCAGUGCUGAUCACAGAUAAAAGACGUCAUCUUAUAUGUAUGUCACAGAACUGUACAAUUGUUCAAUAUUUCAUUUCUGACCUUUUCCCAGCUUAUUGAAGUUGAUGCCUUUAUGCGAACGUUAAAAGCUAUAUAAACAUACUACUGGUACCUUAUUAACAAUGCUACUUCUGUGUUACAUUUGACACCAGCCAAAAAAGAUGUUUAUAUUUUAUAUUUAUUGUUUCUUCCUGCAGUUGUCAUUUGUAGUAGUAGUAGUAGUAGUGUGUGCACUGGUAAGGAUUGUUAGUGUCAUGUUUAUCAUCAUUAUCUGUAAUGAACACAAUGCUGUUGAAACUUGAAAUGUUACAUUGCUCACCUGCACCUCAUCUUUGCUGUUGUUGGGCUGCUUCUAUCUGUAGAUGCUAAAUGAUCUGUUCCUGGAUUUGGACAAAGUGCCUUAAAAGGUCAGAAAUACCUGAAGCUGUUUAAACGUUUUUCAAGGAUAAGUUUCUUGACAACAAAUUCAUUGAAAAGACCAAAACCGUCAGUACUCUCUCAAUCCUUUCUCCCUUGCCUACCCUGGAAGUGGCUCUUCACUCCAAGCCCAUCGGUUCCUAAUGAAAACCUAAAUCUUAAAAAAAUGUCUCAUAAAUAUAUAAGCUAUAUUGCUAAAACACUUAUUUCCUAAAACAGCUGGCGACCAUAGUUUUCAAUGAAUGUUACUCAAAUGGGAGGACACAUUUCUUGAGGACUAUUUUCAAAGGUGGACUCAUCCACAUUUGAUAAAUAUUGAGCAUUUGGGGCAGCAGGACAGUGCACGGGGGAUUGAGUCAAAAGAGACGACAGUGUGCAUGUUCUUGGUAAGGAAACAACAUGUCACCUAGUGCAAGGUGAGGUUCAUUGAACAACAAUGGCUGGUAGCCUGCUGCCAUCUGUGUGUGUGAAUGAGUGAAUGAGAGACAAAAAUUGUAAAGCGCCAUAUUUUUAUAUUGCCUAUUUCUUUACCACAAACAGCAUAUUGAUCAGAGUGUUCUAGGUUGUUAUGUAUUCAAACUGAAAAAAAGAGAUACUGUAAAAGUCAGCCAGGUGCUGUGCCAGCCUCUAGUUUUUAACUAAAUUAAUGUGUUUAAUAUCAAUACAGGUGACUGAUAACAGUGGUGGAAACAACUUUCUAAUUGUAGCUCUCAUGUGAAUUAAUGCUGUAUUUGCUCUGCUAUACAAUGACAAUGCAUACACAGUUUCUUUUCAUUAAAGGCAACACUGGCUGUGAAAGAUUUGCUGGCAGAAUCAAGGCCAGUGGCAUUGUGUUACCCAAUGUCUCCACAGGCAAUGACCCAGCACUUUUAUGGAGAUGAAGUGGCCUUAAUAGCACUGACAAAAUGUGCUUCAUGUUAGUUUUUCUGACAAUUUGUGAAUAUAUGUUGUUUUUUUCUUCUUUUUUUCUGAUGCUUUUUACUAUUGCACUAUUGCCCUUUGCUGAUGUGACACUGCAAAUGUACCCACUCUGGGAUCAAUAAAGAAUU